AGGGCUGGAAUCGAACCAGGGUCCUCCGUUUACGCGACAGAUGCCUGAACCGCUCGGCCACAUGGACUCGAAAUUUCCAAGUAUAUUAUACAAUUUUCGAAGUCUUGUGGCGACCCCAGGCCGUCCCUAUGGUAGAAAAAUAUGGGUCUACCUCCUUACCGAAUCAACUCAGAUGAUUCCCCCGCUAUUAGCCCAUAGUUUGUCCAUGCUUUGAACCUGAUCCAAUUUCGCGAGUUUGCUGCUCAAAAUCGGUUAUGUCAGCCACCUGAGAGCUCACGAACGUCGCUCUCAUUAAUCAGUACUACAACAUCGUGGUCGAAACCGGCCAGGACACAGUUGAUUUCAACAACCCAACGAAAGUGAAGUAGAGAAACAACACGUAAACGUCUUGAAAAAACGAAAUUGUCAAAUCCAUAAACUAAAGACCAAAGUGGAAGUGCAUCACCAACUAUAAUGUCGCCAAUGUAAACAAAGUAAUCUUUUGGAAGACUAUUGGAAACAAUAAAUCAAUGACUCCUUUAGCUUUGAUGUUUUUGGCACUUGUUUGUACCAUUUUUGGAACAACUUUGGAAACAACUAAAUAUGAUCACGAUACUAUGCCUGACCAGCUACAAAAAGAUGACCUACAUGGAGCGAAUCCUAAAUUAGCACAUUUAUACAGUCAUUUUAAACAUACUGAUAAUGCAAAAACAAGUUUUACUAAAGACAAACAUAAACAAUCAAAAGUUUGGAGACAUUUUAAUGUAAAUGCUAAAAACAAUAAUGUAACUAACAAUGAUCAUAAUCUCGUUAUUGACGAAUUGUUUGAACCUGAAGUACAAGAGACAAAUCUAAAACAAAAAAAUAUAUACGAAAAUGAUAAAGAUGCUAAUCAUGUAAAUAUACAUUCUAAUGCUGGUCGUAGAGAGACAAGAAAGAGACAAUACAAUAUAAAUGCUAGGAGAAAAAGAGAGUCAAAUGAAGAUCCUCGGUGCCAUCCGUUUACGUUUGAAACUGGGAAGAAAUAUCUGAUGCACCCAAGGAAUGUGAAAGAUCAAGAAAAUAAACCAGGGGAAGGCACUUACACGGCCAACACUACGUGUUUUACUACUAUAGAAGCUGAAGAGGGGCAGAUCAUAGAGCUGACUUUCGUGGACGUGUUUGAGAUAGAAUAUAGUGCUGAAUGUAAAAAUGAUUAUUUAGAGAUCCGCAAUGGCAAAUACGGCUACGCACGCCCGGAGUACAGAUAUUGCGGGAAAGGCUUUCCCCCCCAAAUCACCUCCACUGGGCCUUAUUUAUGGCUGAAGUUCAAGUCGGACGAGAUCAUAGAGUACGCCGGCUUCACCAUCGAGGUCAACUUCCAACCGAAGAUCGGUAGUCGAGCAAUAGACGCAUCCUGCUACCUAACUAAAAGUGGAAACAGCGGCACCAUCGAUGGCACCAGCACCAGCUCAGACCUCCAGAAAUGUCGAGGAGCAACCCCUGGCCCACUCGAUGUGCAGUGGAAGAUAGAGACCGAGCCAGGGACUCAGAUAUAUCUGAACAUCACACAAUUCCAAUUAGCAAAUCCGAAUAAUUGUACCAAAAACACGGUGCAAAUUUUUGGCGCCAAACCAAACUUCGAACAUUUGUUAGGCGAAUACUGUAGCUCUGUAGCCAAGUCCCUUUGGACUGAAGAGGGAAAGAAAAUGCCUGGCCCCGCCAACAUCAUGUACAUUCGGCUAUUCACUAUCGACAGGAGAUCUAACUUCAGUGCUAUAUACACAGAAUUCCGUACCGCUGAUUCGUGUGACAAGAAUGAGUUUGACUGCAAAGACAGCACGUGCAUCGCCAGCUCGUUGAGAUGUGAUGAUAUAGCGCAUUGCAGGCUUAAGAAUGAUGAAGACCCUGUGGAAUGCAAGGGCGAGGCGCAGUCGCUGGUGCGAGACAAGGACACCCGAAACAUCCUUAUCGUGUUCUCACUAAUACUAUCCGGGAUGGUCGCCGUGUUCUUUUUCAAGUGCAUCCGUAAAUUAUACAACGACCAGAAGCAGAUCAAUGAGUACAAGGCGCAGAUGCUCGGUGACCUGAACAAGGCCGCCAGCCAGCUCACGCUUGACCCGAAGCCCAGAGGGUGCAGAGAAAGCCCCAGUCUCGAACAUCAGAACCACGCCAAUGAGAUGCACAGGCACACGCACCAACAGAGGUCUACCAGUAUGGAGUCGGACCUUCUACGCCUGCGCGUCGACGACGAUUUCUGGCCUGAGAGUCAGCCCUUAGUGGAAGACAGCAGGCAUAAGGGCAGACCCACCAGCGUCGGCUGGAACGAAGAGUUAUUGAGGGGAAAGGGCAGGGAACACGAAAGAGACUUAUCAGCACAAAUACAAGAGAUUCAAGACACGGGCUGUCAGACCAGAGACAGUCUGUUCCAAAUGGCUCCUAUACUUCCCACAACUACUACUUCAGCGUCAAAGUCAGGCUCCAAUAGCCGUGCAGUGUCUGGCGUGGCUCCCCCCACCCCCACCCCCCGUCUCACCGUAGAACUCCUUAGGCAGGCUACAGCCCAAGACACAAGUACUUUACAAACCGACGGGCGCCCGUUGAGCUCCGAGACCACGAAAUCAGCGCCCGACGUCAUUCAGAUCUACUGAAACUUUGUAUCUCGCUAUCACCGUGAUAAGUCCGAAAUGGUCCGAUAUGAUGCGAUAAACCACAACCAACGGAAUACCAAGAAAAACAUUAUCUGACACAUAUCACUGGAAGUUAAAUGAAUGAAUAUUUUUAUUACAUGUAACACAUGGACACAUAUUUUCAUUAGUAGAACUUACAAACUAAGGGGUUAGUAGGUACAACAAACACUAAUUUAAAAUAAAACAACACUGAUGGGGGAAUGCAAUCCCUCACAGUGCGACAAGUAGGGACAGUCGACCCUAUCCGCUAUCAUUCGUAGGAUGCUGUUGGGACUGCCACGCACCCGGCGCACCAGGGAUGCUGCGCGUGAACGCAUGGUAGUAUAAAAACAGUCCACGCGCGCCGUCACGAACAUCCCUGAUGCGCUACAGAAACGGGGCAGCCCCAUCAGCACCCGGAACGCAUUGUUGUACUGGACCCUAAGGGCCCCGUAUGCCCGUUGCGUAUACUGUGCCCACAAAU